AUGAACCCACAACAGGAAGCUUCUCAGUAUCUGACUGAAAAGCCACCAUUGAACCCAGUGAACAGUUCUUUGACUCCCUUGGAAGACCCAUCUAAAGAGUGUAAUAUGCACUUGUUAGCAAAUGCUGUAGAUCAUGUCAUGUACCAUCCUCCCGGCAGUGCUACAAAUGAAAAUGUAGAAACUGUAGUCAACAUCGCUUCAGGCUCAGACCAGCAGCAUGGAACAACUACUACCAUCAGUAGAAGCAGUUCAACUCCUUUUCAGUCACCAGCGGUUUUGGCUCCCUACAAAGAUAAUUCCCUGCCUACAACAAGCAACACUAUGAACAUAGCAGUUGGCCUUAUCUCAGCACACAAUUAUCCCUCAUCAGUUCAUCCUCCCAGCAGUUCAAUGCCUUCAUCCAAUUACUUACCUUCUGGAUCAAGCAAUACAACACCUGCCUCUGUGAGUUCAAUGCAUACCAUUAGCAGUUCAAUGCCAUAUACUGUGAUGCCAAGCUCUAUACCUCUUUCCAGUCAUAUUGUACCUUCUGCAUCCAGUUUGAGUUAUGUGUCUGGCAGUAUUAGAGACUCACCAACUAGCUCUCAACACAUAGUUGAUACUGCAGCCAGUUCUGUUUUCUCUCCUUCAGCUGGUACUAUUCACCGUCCCACCAACUCAAUGCCAGGUAUUAGCACCAUGCUUCAGCCUUCUUCUAGUGGAUUAAUUAAGUCAUCAUCUUCAUUGACACAAAAGCCAGUAUCAGUAUGGCCUAGUGGCAGCAGUGAUCCGUCAGUAGGAGCUGUCUCACUAGCUGUAAGCAACAUCCCUCUACCAACAUCCGGUCCAUUGUAUACUCCACUGUCUUCACUUCAAUCAAAUGUGAUGAUGUCAUCUUCAGCUUCUCAAUUUCAAAUUGCUUCAAGUUCUGUUAGCUUUGAGCACAAACCCAACACCACUUCUCCCUCCAUUAGCUCAAUGCUUGGAGUUAGCAGUUCUUUUGAAAGUCAGCCACAUAUGAUGGAGGAUGCUAGUCAAUCAAGUAGUUAUUCUGUAUCAACAUCUAAAAAAGCUAAUCUGUGUACUUCUGAUAGCUCAAAUCAUAAUAUAGCAUCAAUAUCUACAGUACCUCACCUGAGUAAUAGCAAUGCCAGGGAGAAUAGACCAACAAGUUCAGCACCAAUCCACAACAGCCUCCAUUCUACUACUGGAUCUCAAGGUUAUAUGAAACCAAAUAUCUUUUCUCAACCAAGUAGUACUAUGCUCAGUCAGGGUGAGGCUGCAGCUAGCUGCAGUAGUUCAUUACCAGAAUCUGGUCAAAUUUCAUCAAAUCCUAAUAAUUACCUGCUUAACCAAAGUGACUCACCAUCUGGGCCUAGCAGCUCUGAAUUUUCAGUAGUCCAGGUUGCUAGUAGCUCUCUUGGUCGUCCCAGUAGUGCACUUAAUAAUCCACCAUUGUUAAAUACUGGUAAAUCAGACUUUUCUCCUUCUAUCACAACAGCAGCAGAUCUAAGAGAUACAGUAUCAGGAUCUACUGACUCACCUCUCAGGUUCCAUGCAGAGGAUCAAGGUAAAGAGGCAAUGAACAAGAGAAACAGCCCUGGAAAGAAAUCUGUAAAAUGUGCCGACACCAGCACAAGUAGUACUGAUAUGGGCCCUGAUGAAGUAAGUCCAAACAGAGGUCAAAAACGAAAACGCUCUCAGAGCCCUGUCAGCUCUUCCCUGGCAGAACCACGUCGGUCAAGGAGGCAGUCAAAGUCCAAAUUUAAUGUUUUGGACUUGGUUGGAAUCGGUAUCAACAUUGACUACAGCUUGGAAGAUGAAAAGACACCAAACAAAGAGGUGACAAAAUCGUCUGCUGUAGCAGCAGAUUCAUCUUUGACAGGGGAUGUUAAAGAAGAACUUAUAGUGGAUGUAGGAGAUGAUGAAAUUUACUCCAACAACUCUUUUGAUUCCAAUCGGAGAUUUAAAGAGAAAAUUGAUAUGGAGAAAAUUGUGGCUCCUUUUGAGCAAGGUUGGAAACGUGAAGUUGUUAUUCGAAGUGUUUAUGAGGAAUUCACCAAAAUGGGAAGACCCAAAAGGGUUCCCGCUGAUGUAUACUAUUAUGCCCCAGAUAGACGAAAAUUGGUAAGUUUCUUUUCCUUUAUUCUAAACAAACAGUAA